ACCACACGAACACGAUACAAUCCACUUUUGAAGCCAUUCAUUCGGUUCGGUUGUGGUGUUCUGUCAGUGUUUUACCGUUAUAAACCUCAGCUGGUUUAAAUAUAAAGUCACUCUCUGAUUGACAGCUAUGUCUAACCUUAUCCAAAAGGACGAUGAUGACGACGACGACAAUGAACACCAAAUGCCAAAGGUCAAAGCCGAACUUCCUUAUCUCUUCGAAAAGGAACUCACACAAAACCAGAAUAAAAGGAUUUACAUUGUCGAUGAAUUCAUUGCCACCGAACGAGUGGCACCCAUCGAGGGAAAGUUUUAUUCGAAAUUCAAUGAUGCACACAGCAAGGACAUUACAGCAAGGCAGUGUUUCUGGAAAUUGGCUGAGGAACGGCGUCAUGGAUCAAAGAUGCAGCUCGAGUUUCCUGUUUUAGAAAGUCAAAUGUACGGAUGGCUGCCGAAGAACGUCAGCAAGGUGGCAUUAAAAAGGAUCAACUAUGUGCAGGCACCAAAACUUCGUUGUCCAAUGACUGUCUACGGAGAGAAGAUAAGCUCUGAGCGAGUGACCGAAAGAACGAAAUUUGCAGGCGAACGAUUUAAUUUGAUGUGAAUUUAAAAAAAAAGUUAAAACUUGAAAUCGGUGUAAUUAAAUUUUAAUAAAGUGUUAUGGAAAAGUAAGAAAAUAAAAUAAAUUUGGCUGUGCAACAUAUUUGUGCGAAUAAUAAAGAUCUCUAUAUUAUAUUAACUUCGAGCCUUGAA